AUGCAGGCGGUUGAAUACUACGAACGAGCACCGGCUAUCUAUGGAGCCGAGUACUUUGGGAGCCAAAAUGCAUCGGCUAAUGGUUAUGCCUAUGGCAGCAGCGCCGGCCACCACCAUCAUCAGCAGUACUUCUACCACGACCAGGGGCAGGGGGCCGUCAACGGUGGCGGAGGCGGCUACCAUGGAAUAGACCCACGGGAAGCGGCAGAAGCUGGUGAACUUUAUGGGCCAGGUGAAAGCCCUGACCGGGCAAGUUCCGGCGGGGCAGGUAGUGGUGGUGGCGGCGGCGGUGGUGGUGGAUGUGGAGGGAACUCUUGCGCAGAGCAAGAUGCGUGUGCUGGAAUGGUGAAUUGUAGAACAGGUGCUGUCAAUGGACAAGCCCCUAAGACUAUCUAUCCCUGGAUGGUGGAGUCGAGACAAAAUACCAGACAAAAGAAGCAACCAGAAUGUGUAAUCGAUGAUAAAAAGAAGCCUAUGCCAGCGGUACCGCCUAGCGAGAGUCCACCUAAUAUCCCGAAUGAAAUCCUUAGCGGAGGACAUGGAGGCGGAGCAGUUAUAGCAGGAGCACCAGGAGCCGUAGUAGCAGGAGCCGGGCAUGGAGUGCCACAAGGUAGCGCGAUGAGCCCAAAUCUUAGUAACCACGCCAACAGCAUCAGCCCGAGAGAGAGCGGGAGCUCCGGGUCUAUGAGCGGGGGAAGCAGCGGCGGAUGCAGCGGAGGAAACGGCGGUAGCAGUCCGAAGCGAAAUCGCACGGCUUUCACUAGCGCACAGCUAGUCGAGCUGGAAAAGGAGUUUCAUUUCAACCGCUAUUUGUGUCGACCACGGCGGGUUGAAAUGGCAAAAUCUUUGAAUCUCACAGAGAGACAAAUUAAAAUUUGGUUUCAGAAUCGAAGAAUGAAAUACAAACGAGAUAUGAAAGAAACAGAGCGAGCAGAACGAGGGAUCAAAGUCUCAGACUCUGUGCUAGCUCGCCAAGCCGAGCGGGCUGGACAUGUCAGCGGCGAGCCGUUUCUCUUUGGGUUCCACCCGGGUAGCUCGCACCACUCCGACAGGUCAUUUCGCGGGGCGCCAGCCUACUGUCAAUUCUCCUACUCGUGUACACAAGAACAAUCGCUUGAAGCCACACCACAUCUAACACACUUGUGACACUCGUUAUGACUCAUUUUGAUUGUUGUAAAUAUUGACAAAAACAUUUAUUGUGAAUGUUCAGGAAAUAAUUCGGAUGUGAUGUGAUUCGAGAUGACGUUUUCAACCUGCAACUGAAUGACUAUGCACAACUCCAUGAGAUGAUAAACACUUUUUAUUUAUAUAGUCUUAGGAAGGUUUCACAGAGCAGGAGAGCAGCAUAGUACGUAGAAUAUCUUUUCAAAGUUCAUUGUAUAAAAAUCAUGUACUGUAUGAAUAAUUCAAACACUGUCAAGUACUUAAGAUAAGAAGAAGAAGGAUGAUAGCUUUACUCUAAAUAACAGCCAGUAUUCUUGCCACAUUUUGCCACUCAUAGUAUUGUUGGUCAUUGUAAAUCGAAAAUUCGAGUGAUGGCAUUCAAAUCUGAUUUUACUCGUUUGAUAUAAGUAUAGAAAUGUGCAAAAUGUAAAACUUAAUAUGUCAUUUAAUAUAAUUUCGUAAACAAGAUUUCAGGGUCUUCUGAUUCAUACGAUUCAAAUUUAAACACAAUAUACAUGUAGAUUGCAGCCAUAGUUGACAUAUUAAUUCA